GAACCGGGAAAAAGGGAGGGAGCAGAGCUCGGUGCUGUCGGCGUGGUUCCGGCUGGAUUCGUUUUGCAGGCUGUUUGGGAACACUUAAAGCGGGCGCAGAGCCUACUCUCAAGAAUGUGCAGUUUUCAGAAGGGCGGAGACAAUCCUGCUUUCCAUCCACAGCGAGGUAAAGCGGCGUCUGUACGCAGCCGUACUGUGCGCUUCUGCUGUUGCUGCUGCUGUGGAGGCUGCAUAAUUAAGUUUACAAUAGGAGACAACAAGGAACUCUCGUUUCUUCGGGGCCACGAUGGGUGGAUGUUUUUCGGUCUCAGAGACGAGUCUCACAGCUCGGCAGGCAUUUUUUCCCGUGCAGCCGAACUAACCAGAAUCGUCCGUGGUAAAGUGGCACUGGGACUCGAACAAGUGACCCGCCUAACACAGUUAUAAGUGCGGCUGUUUUGGAAAGGCGCAACGCUGGAACCGGGGGGGGGGGGCCCGCCUGGAGUGGGGGGGUUGCAUUAAUCCGAUACCAGUCCGGUUUGUCCCGCAGGCGACGUUAAAGAGCGCCUACCGCGGCGGUUUCACCUCGGGGUGGCUAUGAGAAGUGGACUGUCCGGUUUGUUUUCUCCAUCUGCUCCCAGCUUGCAUGGAACAAAGUGUGCUCUCUGUCACAUAAGCCGCGCCGUGAGGUAGAUCCAGGAGGAUUGUCAGCGUGGGUUUUCAUCUCUCUCUCUUUUUAAAAGAGUUCAGCUUCUCCAGAAAUCAUGAGGACCACAGAGGAGACGGAGGGCUUUGACGGCGAGGCCUCCAACACUUCCAUGAUCUCCGGGGCCAGCAGCCCCUAUCAGCCCACCACCGAGCCCGUCCAUUCGCGGAACGUUUUGGGGGGGAUAGUGUGCGACGUGGAGUACCUCAAGUCAUACUUUGGGAUUUUAAAGCUGGUUGAAGUGGUCCUAUCACUCAUCAGCUUCAUCUGCAUAGAAACCAUAAUGAUGUGUUCUCCCUGUGGAGGGGUGUACUUCUUUGAGUUUGUCAGCUGCAGUGCCUUUGUGGUGACAGGAGUCCUCCUCCUGAUCUUCUGCCUCAACAUUCACACCAAGGUGCCCCACAUCAACUGGAGCCUCACGGACCUGGUUAACACAGGUGCCAGCACCCUGUUUUUCUUCUUGUCAUCUCUCGUGCUUGCUUGCAUCAACCACAACACUGGAGCUGAAAUAGCGGCUGUGAUCUUUGGCUUCCUGGUGACAGCCGUGUACGGAAUAAACGCCUUCCUGGCAGUGCGGAGGUGGCGCCGUGGCACUGGGAGUCAGGGGGCGGCUCAGACCAGUGAGUACAUUCGAGCACGCACGGCAUCUCGUGGAGAAGUGGAGCCGCGGCCUGAGCUUGCAUGAGUGCUGGCAGACAAUCAGGAAGACUAAGAGAAAGCCACGCUACCAGUAGCUGACUCUAAUGGACGCAGCUCUGCCUUCAGAACACUAUUUCAUUCAAGUCUUGUGUGAGACGGCCAUUUUAGGCUCACCACAUGCUUUUGACUUCUCAUCACAACACUUCAACUGUGAAUGAGCUGCGUGGCUUUGUUUAGCAGGCGUCCCGGCUGCUCCUGGUGACACAUAAAGCCUCUUAAGUCAAAAGACUGGGUCACAAUUGAAGGUGUGCUUUCAUCCACAUAUUUUUCUAGACCAUUGUGAAGGACAGCUUCCCCCCUUGAAAAGCCACAAAAAAAAAAAAAAAAGGUUGACUUCACUCCAGCUGUGCAUCAACUCUGGCUCCGGUGUAUGUGUUGACUUUUGAGAAAGCUUUGUCGUUCACUGUGAAUGAAGUCCAGUAAAACAAGGUGAGCUAUUGUACAGUUUUGCUUAUGCCAUGCCGCUGAAGUCUGUGGUGAUAAAUGUGAUCAUGAAAUGAGGAAACCACUGGACCAGCAACGAACACUAACCUGCAGUCCAACCAUGACUUCAUUGUUCUUUCUCACAGCUUUUAGCUUCCACCUUUGAGCAAGGCUGGAAUUUAAUUUUUUUUUUUCUAAUUCCACAUGCUCUCAUGAAAGUUUGCUUGUCCUUUGUCUUGGCUAAUCUUACAAAUCUGAUUUUUUGCAUGUGACCUUUAGGCACUUUUAGGAUACUGCAUUUGCUGUCAGCAUAUAUGGAAUAACAGUACAGGUUACAUGCACAACAUAACAGCAUAUGAAAUAUCACAACAUUUCAAAUGAAAAGAUUUACUUCUUUCUUACACAAAUGCAUCCAAUAACAGGAGCAAAGUAAAAGUUCAGGAUAAUUCAUUUCCAUCACUUUUAGCCCAGAUUAUACAUAAACUAUUCAAACAAAAUCACUCUAGCAUCCCUAAAAUUUUUACUUUGAGACCUGUGUCAGGCCUACGCCGUGAGCCUGCAUCAAGCAAUGAUAAAGUAAUUUGUAUCUUACUUUUGCACACGUCCAGUUCUUCAGGUAACACAAAUAUUAAGAGUACAUCAGUGAGAUUCAUUUUAAUCAGUGGGUGACAUGGUCCUUAGCCUCUUCACUGCAUCUCAGGUACUGGCCCACCUCCUAUCUUACAAAAAAAAAAGCAUAUGAGACAAAAUCACAGGGUGCCUCGACCUAAACACUGUAUUUCCUAAUGCCUUUCUAAAUACUGGAUUUGAUGGGACUGUGGAGUGGAAACACGGUACAUUUAGCAAAUCUGUUAUUGAUUGAAUUGUUUGUGUAUGUAUCUACAGUGAUAUUAUCCCACACUUCAUGUAUUAUGAUAUCCCUCUCAUUCAUUUCCUUCAUAGUAGCUGCUACAAAGCUCAUCCAUACAAAACUGAUUUCUUUAAUCUUUUUUUUCUCUCUCUGUUCGGCCAGUGCACCUGCAGUAAACAGGAACUUUAACCUUUGUCCACUAAUUUAGUGUCUCGCCUUCAUUUAAUGUGCUGAAUCGACACUACAGUUAGACCUGAAACCUCUUCAGGCAUGUUGACUACGGCCCCCUCUUCUGGUCUUUAUAUAAAGUGUAUUUUUUUGUUGUUGUUGCACCAAUGGAUUAAGUGUGUAGUCAGAUAAUUUUACAUUAGUGUGUAUAUAAAAGAAGGACCAGAAAAUGUAUUUGACUGUGGGUUAAAAAAAGAGAGAGAAGAAUAAUAAACACCCUGAAAAUGUUUGAUUAAUCAGGCAUUUUUUAAAAUAUUUUUAAGUAACUUAUGUUUUAUUGCUGUUUCUCUUGGUUUGGUGAUUGAAGUAGGUGUAUGAAAAGACAAUCGUGUUUGUAUUUAUGUGUGUGUAACUUACACAGAUGGAUUUGUUUUUGAGUAAUACUAUUACAGCGCUCACUUAAGAAUUUGUACAGCAACAAAAUCACACUUUUGCAUUGUGCUAUUUGAUCCUAUAAACACCACGUUUGUGGAACGCUAGCACGCUGCAGCUCUCUCUGUGUGUGACUGUGCUGCAGUAUGUUACAA